UGUUUUCUCCGGAUGUUGCUUUCAUGUCUUUGGACUACCCAAAAGUUUGAUCGUGACAUGAAUAAAUUAAGUUGCAGGGUUGAUUAAUGCAUACUUUGCAUGCUCAGUUUCCAUGCUAUAAAUACGCACUUGGAGCCUCAGUACAAAGCCCAUGACUCUGAAACCAACUUCUCUCAUCUCCUGCAUCUGCCAAGCCUGAGGCAGUGAAUUCUCUCAUUAACUAGUUCUUCAUCCUUGAUAGAGAGACAGCUUUGCUACAUCUCAACAUCAAAGAACAAAGAUGAAGAUCGCCAAGGCCCCAGGGCUCCUGAAGAAGGCGGCGGCGUUGUGCAAGAGCAAGACCGGCGUCAUCACGGCCAGGCUCCUCGUCCUCGCCUCGCCCCGCCGCAGGAUGGCCACGGUUGGUGCCAUCUCGCACAGGAUCCAUGCCGUGAUGGUGGCCGACCGGGAGAAGGAGAGUGCCUGCGACAAGACUCGUCAUCAUCUCGUGCUGCGCAAGGUCGAGAGGAAGACGCCGAAGAUCCAUGGGAGUGAGAUUGUCGAUUUCUCUCGUCAGUUGGCGCUGUUCGAUCAGGAGGUUGGUCAUGGUGAUGGCGGAUGCCCUGACUGGACGCUGCACCCCAUCUUCAACGACGAGGGGGGCAGCAGCUGCUCGUACACGGAAGAAGACUACGAGGUUGAUGACGAUGAUGAGGAGGAGGAUCGGGGCGUGCUACCCGAUGCAUUGGACGACGAGCUGUCGGUGAUGGAUGUGAUCAGGAACAGCCGAGAAGUUGAGGGCGUGGAGUUCAACAUGGAGGAUGAGAUCGACCAGGCUGCCGACAUGUUCAUCAGGAGGUUCCGGGAGCGGAUGAACCAGAGCUUCUAGUAACUGUGUGUUUCCGUGGAAACAGACUAAUUUAACAGUCAAAGUAGAUAGCUAUGUUACUCAGGAGUCAGGACAUGAGCAUGCCCACCCGCAUGAUAGGAGUUUUUGCAGGAGUCCAGACAGUGUGUGCGUAAUUUUUUGGUUUAGAGAGUUUUUGAUGCAUAUGUAGCUAUACAUGCUAAAAUGUGUUUGUGCGCACGCACGUGUCUGAAUCCAAGGAUAACAAGACACUAGUGAAUUUUAGGAAUUGCAAUCAUUUUCUUAACUUUUCAAAGAACUACUUCUCCUGGAUCC